CGGGAAAGAAAAGCUUGGCGCUGUAUUCGCUCGCCGCGACUCUCACCGAUGCGUCUUGGACAGGAGUCGUCUCUGCCAGCAGUUGCAGGCGAAAGACAUCUCAAGGUUGAGGAUGUACAGGAAGCAUACGUCGAGCAGAAGGAUCGUCUGCUCGUUGGUCUAGAUACUACCCAGCGCCUGCUUGGAGACGUACGCGACUUCAAUAACAACGAAUGGGUUGUCAGAUAUCCUACGCUUCAAGAAUCAAACCCUAACGACGAGACUUCAGCCCCAAGGAAGUCUCGUCGUUCUAUUCGCCGUUCCCUGUCCUUUGCAGAUGACCCCGACAGUCAGACCGACGUGGUUUAUACCCCCAGUCGCAAUGGCUCGGCUUGUACGGUGACGCUAGCUUCGAUUGCGGAUGCUCCAGAGUCAGCAGAGCUAUUGGACGGGAAUGACGUGCAGCAGGAUAGGGCGGGUAGUGACAGCGACGACCGGUCGCUGCCUUCAAAAUGCGGGGAUUUUAGCAUUCUCCGUCUCGACCUGAAGCUCGGUCCCAGUGGUUCCUCCACCUCCCCAGCCGCUCUCGUCUCGCACCUUGAGCGGGGUUCCAUCGCCAAGCUGUUGGACGAACGCAUUGGGUCUGCCAUCCAACACAUGGACAAGCUCCGUCUUCGCAUCACGGACACGUCCUCCAAAGUCCUUGUGACCGGCGACCUAAACGCCGGAAAGUCUACCUUCGUGAAUGCGUUGUUGAGACGAGAGGUCAUGGCGGUUGAUCAGCAACCUUGCACUACCGCAUUCUGCGAAGUGCACGGUGCAUCCGAGAACAACGGGAUCGAAGAGGUUCAUGUGCUCAAACAAGGCGUAACCUACUCCGUCUCCGACGAGUCAACUUUCACACGUGUUUCCUUGGCUGACCUCGAGUCUAUCGUCACGGAUAACGAGACGGGCGUUCAACCUGUGCUCAAGAUAUAUUUGGCAGACAGCAGGGUUCCAUCGGAGUCUCUUCUAAACAACGGAGUGGUCGACAUCUCGCUCAUUGAUGCUCCGGGCCUUAAUCGUGACAGUCUCAAGACGACCGCCCUGUUCGCUCGUCAAGAAGAAAUUGAUGUCGUUGUGUUCGUUGUGUCGGCUGAAAACCACUUCACGUUGUCUGCGAAGGAGUUCCUUGAGACCGCCAGCAACGAGAAGGCAUACGUCUUCAUCGUCGUCAACAAAUUCGAACAGAUCAAGAACAAGGAGAAGUGCAAGAGACUCGUAUUGGAGCAGAUCAAGGAGUUCAGCCCUCGUACUUACGACGACGCAGCGGAUCUUGUUCAUUUUGUGGACUCCGCCGCUGCUCUUCGUCCUUACACUGCCAACCCCGCAUUUGAUGACUUGGAGUCGUCGCUUCGCUCCUUCGUAUUGGUCAAGCGAUCGAAAUCCAAGCUUCAGCCUGCUUCGACGUUCCUUUCCAACCUGUUGAGCGAGGUUGAUUUAUUGGCCGGAGCAAACGCCAUCGUUGCCCAAUCGGAUAUCGAUCACGCUAAGGACGACCUCUUACGGUCAAAGCCUGUUUGGGAGAAGAUGAAGAAUAGCCGUGAUGCGCUCGAAGAUGCGUUGGAAAGAGUUGAAGAAACGGGUGCGUCCAGGACCCACGAGAGAACAAAAGCUGUUCUUUCUACUGCUCUUGACCGCGUGGGGCAGGGGCGCCCCGGAGUAGAUCACUGCGUUAGUCUGCCAGCAUAUCGCGGCCUAUUACGAAUCUGGGAUUAUGCACGCGACGUACGGAGGGCGCUUCUCGCGAGUCUAGAUGCGGCAGUCAAGUUGGCAGAGGAGGAAGCUCGUGUCACGACUAAGGCUGGGGUGAUGAAGAUUACUGACCUCGGCGAUGAGCACCUUCCGCAGGGUGUUGAACGGUCUCGUCGAGUGUUCGUACCCGAGGCCAUGUUUAACGUCCGCCCAGGCAAGAAGGGGGGACUCAAAGACCACCACUCCCCGACAGCCCAUGUAGUCGUGGCAGGGGGCGCCUACAAUCUUGGGAUUGGCCUCUCGCAACGUUCCGACAUGUUGGAUACCUCAUUUAGCGACAUCUUCGAUUUUAACCGCCACCUGGCUGUUCACUUCGGUGGUGGGGAAGGCGAUGAUAACGAGUCGAAUCCGACCGCACUUAGCGUUCUCUCCAUUGGUCUGAGCGCCUUAACUAUGGUUGGCGGCAAGGUCUUGGGAGCUCGCGGUUUCAUUGAUGGCGCUAUACACCUGUCUGAUCUGUCUGCUAAUGAAACAGCAAGAUCUUGGGUGGCUCCUGUCAUCGGGGCUGUUGUUGUGGGAGCGACUGGCUACUUCAUUUAUCGACUUCCGGAUACGAUACCCCGGACCAUUGGCCGUCGCAUACAAGCAUCACUGCUCAAUGUCGAAGGGAACGCGACUGAAGCGGAGACCUUCAUCAAUGCCCACGCCGGCCGUGUCAGUCGUGAGACACGUAAGGUGUUGCGACUUGCCUCUUGGGACCUCCGGGAGCGCUUCCGAGUCGCAAUGGAAGAAAGAGGGAAGGAGGUCAGGGAAGCUGAAGAGUUGGAGAAGAAAGCAUUGAAUGCUCUGCAAUUCUUCCAUGAGAUUGAGAGGAGGAGUGGUGUCGUCCGCGAGAAGGCUGGUCUGGUUGUUUCGUGAAGCAUUUUUGUUUACGUUACUUGUUUUUCUUUUCUUUUCUUUUCCUUUACCUGUUCAGCCCGAUUACACGUCUCCUGGAGUUUAUGUGCCUACUCUCGUAAGAUAUUCUGCAUCCUUGUUGCUGAGCGCUCUUAUUUCCGUUGCUAGGGUUCCGUCCCCGUAAGUUAUCCGUCGAGUGUAUAGGACACAACGUGGUAGACAUGAUCGUAUCCUUGUGCCCUGAUGGCAGUGACAUGGCCGCUAUAUAGGU